CGGUUGGUCUCGUCAGUGUUGAUCGGUUCGCUAUGGCGGAAGGACGCAGAGAACAGCCCCAUCCUCUCCUCUCCUUACCUCCGGCCAGCAAGCGACCCUGCCUGCGCCCUGCUCCCCGUGGUCCCGGCCCGGGGCCCGGCCACGGCAGCGGGUCGCCCAGCUCUCGGUAUCGCUCACCGGAGUCUCUCCUGGACUGCGCGGCGAAAGCAGUAGCGGAAAAGUGGGCCUUUGAGAGAGUAGAGGAGCGCUUCGAGAGGAUCCCGGAGCCCGUCCAGCGCCGCAUCGUCUACUGGUCUUUUCCCCGUAACGAAAAGGAGAUAUGCAUGUACUCUUCGUUUCAGUGCCGAGUCGCCGGCGAGGAGGGACCGUCGGCGGCUACCGGCGGGGCUGGGGGCGCGGGGUCUGGAAGUACAACCGCCGGUGGCGGCGGAGGAUCUACCGCCGGUACGACGGCUGCCGUGGGGGCAGCCGGAGCUGUGGGGACGGGAGACGGACUGCCUUUCCGUCGGGGUAUCAGGCUGCUAGAGACCGGCUGUGUGGAAAACGUUUUACAAGUCGGCUUUCACCUCAGUGGCACAGUAACUGAACCCGCCACAUCGUCAGAGCCCGAAGUCACACACAAGGUGGCCAUCAGCUUCGACCGAUGCAAGAUCACCUCAGUCACCUGCGGUUGCGGGAACAGAGACAUCUUCUACUGUGCCCAUGUGGUGGCGCUCUCUCUUUACCGGAUUCGCAAGCCUGAACAGGUGAAGCUACGGUUGCCGAUUUCGGAGACGUUGUUCCAGAUGAACAGAGAUCAGCUGCAGAAACUGGUUCAGUAUCUGAUCACAGCCCACCACACUGAGGUGCUGCCCACCGCUCAGAAACUGGCUGAUGAAAUCCUUUCCUCCAACUCUGAGAUCAACCAGGUCCACGGUGCUCCGGACCCGACAGCAGGCGCCAGCAUUGACGAUGACAACUGCUGGCAUCUGGACGAGGAUCAGGUCAGAGAGCAGGUCAAGCAGUUUCUAUCGCAGGGAGGAUACUACGGCUCGGGGAAGCAGCUCAACUCCAUGUUUGCUAAGGUGAGGGAGAUGCUACGAAUGCGAGACUCCAACGGCGCCCGGAUGCUGACGCUCAUAACGGAGCAGUUUAUGGCAGACCCCAGGCUGUCGCUAUGGAGACAGCAGGGCACCGGCAUGACGGAUAAAUGCCGGCAGCUCUGGGACGAGCUGGGUGCAUUGUGGGUGUGCGUGGUGUUGAACCCUCACUGCAAGAGUGAGGAGAAGAGCAGCUGGCUGAAGCAGCUGAAGAAAUGGGGGGACAUGGACGUGUGCCCACUGGAGGACGGCAACUACGGCAGCGAGCUUCCAAACAUCACCAACGCUCUGCCACAGAGCAACCUGGCUCAGGACUCUCUGUCCAGGCCGAGGAGGACAGUGUUCAGCCGGGCGGUCGAGGCCUGCGACCUCCACUGGCAGGACAGCCACCUGCAGAGGAUCAUCAGCAGUGACCACUACAUGUCUCCAUCCUACCAGAGGGAGGGGGAGAGCCUGCUGUUCAACCCACAGGGCCUUCCGCUGUGGCUAGACCACGUACCAACAGCCUGCGCUCGUGUAGACGCUCUGCGUUCCCAUGGUUACUCCAGGGAAGCCCUGCGAUUGGCUGUGGCCAUCAUAAACACGCUGCGCCUCCAGCAGCAGAGACAGAUGGACAUCUACAAACACCAAAAGAAAGAGCUUCUCCAGAGAGGCGUGACCUCCACCACCAAUCUGGAAGGCUGGGUCGGUCAUCCACUAGACCCGAUUGGCUGCCUGUUCACCACACUCACAGAAACCUGCCGCGUAGACGACGACAACAGCAUGGACACUGGAGACGGUGACCCCCGUCCUCCUGUCUACCACCAUGUCCCUGUGUGGGGCAGUCCUGAUGGCAGCGAGUCUUACCUGACGUUGGCCUUGGAGGUGGCUCUGAUGGGAAUGGGCCAGCAGAGGAUCAUGCCCGAGGGUCUCUAUGCUCAGGAUAAGGUUUGUCGUAACGAGGAGCAGAUCGUCACAAAACUACAAGAGCUGGAGCUGGACGACCUCCUGGUUCAGACUCUUCGUAAGCAGGCCAUACAGCUGCUAGAAGCUGGUCCAUUCAGCGGUCUGGGUGAGGUCAUCCAUAGGGAGAGCGUUCCCAUGCACACCUUUGCCAAAUACCUCUUCUCUGCUCUGCUGCCUCAUGACGCAGACCUGGCAUACAAGGUGGCUCUCCGUGCCAUGAGACUGCCAGUGUUGGAGUCAUCAGCAGGCUCUGGGGACGUGGGUCACCCUCAUCAUGGCAUCUCCAUCGUUCCCAGCAGAUACCCACGCUGGUUCACACUGGGACAUCUGGAGUCUCAGCAGUGUGAGCUAGCCUCCACCAUGCUCACUGCUGCUAAAGGUGACAUGUUGAGAUUGCGGACAGUUCUUGAGGCAAUCCAGAAAAACAUCCACUCCUCGUCUUUAAUCUUCAAACUCGCCCAGGACGCCUUUAAGAUCGCAACACCUGCCGACAGCCCGCCUGAUAUCACUCUGCUCAACGUGGCUCUAGAGCUGGGACUGCAGGUGAUGAGGAUGACUCUGUCCACACUGAACUGGAGGAGGAGGGAGAUGGUCCGCUGGCUGGUCACUUGUGCCACAGAAGUCGGUCUGCGGGCGUUGGUGAGCAUCUUGCAGAGCUGGUACACUCUCUUCACACCCACUGAGGCCACCAGCAUCGUGGCAGCCACCGUGAUGUCCCACAACACCAUCCUGCGCCUCAGCCUCGACUACCCGCAGCGGGAGGAGCUUGCCAGCUGUGCCCGUACACUGGCUCUGCAGUGCGCCAUGAAGGACCCCCAGAACUGCGCUUUGUCGGCACUGACGCUCUGCGAGAAAGACCACAUCGCCUUUGAGACGGCCUACCAGAUUGUGAUCGACGCGGCAUCAACCGGUAUGACCUACUCGCAGCUGUUUACCAUUGCAAGGUACAUGGAGCACCGAGGAUACCCACUGCGCUCCUUCAAGCUGGCCUCCCUCGCAAUGACACACCUUAACCUGGCUUACAACCAGGACACUCACCCAGCCAUUAACGACGUGCUCUGGGCGUGCGCGCUCAGCCACUCUCUUGGGAAGAAUGAGCUAGCAGCCAUUAUCCCCCUGGUGGUAAAGAGCGUGCACUGCGCCACGGUGCUGUCUGACAUCCUGCGGCGGUGCACCAUGACGGCGCCGGGGCUCGCGGGCAUUCCCGGGAGAAGGAACUCUGGGAAGCUGAUGUCGACAGACAAGGCGCCGCUCAGGCAGCUCCUUGAUGCCACGAUCUCUGCGUACAUCAACACCACGCACUCUCGACUGACACACAUUAGUCCGCGGCACUAUGGAGAGUUCAUAGAGUUCCUGAGCAAAGCGCGGGAGACUUUCCUGCUGGCACAGGACGGACACAUUCAGUUCGCCCAGUUCAUAGACAACCUAAAACAGAUCUACAAGGGCAAAAAGAAACUGAUGAUGUUGGUCAGGGAGCGCUUCGGCUGACAUCCCCACGCCCUCAUAGGGACCCUCUUCUUGGGAAGUAGUUAAACUCAUUUGUUUCUAUUUAAGGUUUUUUGGAUUCUUUGUAUUUUUACUCCUUUUGUUGAGCCAUUUGUUGACUAAGUCUUAAGUUUUUGUCCUGUUUUUGUUGUUUUGUUUCUUGAAUGUGAACCAGAAAGUGUUCACAGUGCAUUGCUCUACUUCAUUAAGACUGCAAAAAGGGGAAAUUGGCUUGAAAUGUCAAAGAAAAAGCAAGAACAAAGCCUUUUUUUCUCCUUCCAAUUUAUGUUAAACCUUGUAUGAAAAAGUCAAAGGAUUGUGAUAAAAAACAAAAAAGGAACUUUUGUUUUGUGAUGGCACAUGCUGACUUAAAAACCAAAAGAUUUUGAUGGAUGGGGUACUUACUUUGAGCCAGAGGACACUUUCAGCUGAAGAAAAGAAGUGUUUUUUAAAGAGGAUGGGACACAUCAUUCCAAAAAGAGAACAUGGAGGUCGGAAAAACACACAUAGUGUUAUCGUCAUACCUCGUCUGUAUUAUUUGUCAGCUUUAACUUCUCUUGAAAACGGCCUCUUGUUUCCUUCAGGGCUUCUUAGAGUAGAGAGGGUGAAUACAGAAAUACAAAUGUGUGAUUUCUCUGCAACAGCAGGUUUAAUAACAUGACUAAAGCAACUGUAGAUGAGCUGGUCAGAGCUUUUCCUUCACAGUAUCCCCAGAGGAAGAACCAUGAGGGCAUGACAGCCUGGCAGUGACAUUAUCCAGGCUGCUUUAGCAUAGGUAGACUAGUUGAGGCUCCACGUGCACAUAUAUUUACACAGUAUAUCUCCUAUGUCCUCCUAUAAGCUUAUUAACAGUGACAAUACACAACUGUGAUGAAAGGUGGGGUCACAGUAUUCCCAUCUCCAGAGACUCCACUGCACUGCUGUACCGCUGUUUGUGGCCAAAACCUUUGAAAAUCUCUGCUCCUCUUUCCUUCACUAGAUCAAGAGUUAGUCAAAAGCAAUAUGAGUCAAGUCUGCGCUUCUCUUUUAUCACACAGCAGCAUUAAUUUCACUGUCUUGCAUUCUGCUUGGAAGCUUUGGAUCAUGAUAAGAGAUUGUUAAAUCCAGUGACUGUUACUUUAGCUAAAAGUCUCUUUUCCAUCUCAAAAACAUUGACAGGAACUAAAGGAACUUUUCUAUGGCUAUUAUGACAGAAUUAUGUGCUACUUUUUUGCCUAAAUUCCCACCUUUAGCCCAAACUGGGUGUUUUUAGCACUUUAAAGGGGAUCACAUCUAGAAUUUACAAGUGAGGGAUCAAAGAAGCUUACUGAUUUACCAUGCUUUACUAUAACGGCAAAAUUACAAAUGUAAUAUCCAAAAGAAAACUAGAAUAACUCCUUUUCUGCUAAGAGUGCAAAUUACUGCUUGCUACAGGUUAUCCAUUACAUCUUGCCAAAUCUUGUCCUGUUUCAUGUCACCAUUUUAGUCAAUGUUUUGCUUUCUCUGAUCUACAAAUGCUGUCUGGAUACGAAUAACUUCACCUGUCUUUUUAACCCAUAGGAUGGAGCAUUUCUCUUCAAAACUUAAGACAAAGUUAGCAGGCUGCCACUAAAUCUAUCACAUUGUUCAGUACUUAAAGAAAAAGUGAAUCCUGGAUUCAGGUUAAGCUACAGUCAUGACUGUUUAAUGGUAAUGUUGCUACAUAUCUGUAAAUGUAGUGAACCAUUGUUAGCAUUACACCUUUGCUUAAAGCUCUUUGCAGAUGAUGUCACGCAGGAGCAGAGAACUCCGAGUGGAGCCAAGUAGUGAUUUCUACAAAGAGUAUCACCACAAAAAAACAUAUUUUGUGCCGUUUAGGAUUAUGCUAAGCUCCCAAAGUGUGAAAAUAAAAAAAUUAAGAAUUCUGACUUUGAUCUCAGAAUUCUGGUUUGGAUCUCUUGAGUUCUGACAAGUUUCAAAAUUUUGACCUUUUUUCAGAGUUCUGACUUUAAUCCCAUGAUUUUGACUUAGCUUUCAGAAUUCUGACUUUGAUCUCCAAGUCCUGAAAAGUCUCAGAAUCUGGGCUUUUUGAUCUCAGAAAUCUGAUGUUGAACCUUUGAUUCUGACUUUUAUCUCAGAAUUCUGAGAUCAGUGAUGACAUUAUUUUAAAAAUUCUUACUUUGAUCUCAGAUUUUUGACUUCGAUCUCAGAAUUCUG